CAAAAAUCCUCCUCCAAGUCCAGUCGUGAAACAAUCCAUCCAUCAGCUUAUUAUUUUACUUACCAAUCCCCACCACUUGUUACACAUCCCCCUUAUCAUUAUGCCAUCUUGUGGAAAGUGUAGUCGCACUACUGAUUCUAUUGUACUUGGCUGGUGUAAUUUCUGCUUGAAAGAUGCCGGUAUUAAAGAACAUCAUAUUGAAGCAUCCCUCCAUAAGCCACUCGCCUCAACCUCAUCCAAUCCCCCAGCAACAACCAGUUCCCAAUUUCCUUUCCGAAGAAACACUGUCAUUCGCCCCAGCUCCCAGCCCUCCUCAGUACCCCCAACAAGCACUUCAGCCCUCGAUGAAUAUUUUCAGAAUGCUGUCAGGAAUAAACGAAAGAAACCUCAAGUCGCACCAUAUUCCAAGAAUAAGCCUCCCCGAUCCUCCUCAAAAUCAACUUCCGACAAGGAUAACGAACGUUUAAUUGACUGUGGGUUUGUUUUAUACGUCGAUAACAAGAUCAACACCCAGACCGGCAUUCUCAAUGUGAAGCAGAAAGUCGACCUCGACAACCCGAAGCUUUAUGAAGACCUUCUCGACUCUCUCUGGCAGUUGUUUGAUAAGCAGCUCCAGAAAAAAUCAUUACUCCCUCACUCACCCGAUUCAGCAGAAGGAUGUGUCAGCCUUGCCCAAGGGAAAAGUGUAUUGCCCACUCCAGAAGCCCUAGAAUAUGUUGUUAGGAAAUCGAAUGACCGAAAGCCUGUCCUGAUCAACAUUAUUUAUCAAUACGAAACUCCUCAAGAUAAAUCCUCAGAUUCAGAAUAUUCUUCUUCCAACAACAACAACUCCUCUUCCAAGCCAACAACUCGAUCCUCACGAUCAAGAUCAACCACGAAUACCAAAAUUAGCAAGUCACGCUCUAAGGAUUACGAUUCUUCUGACGAUAGUAACAGCUCUUUGGAAGAAAACCUCUUGAUAACAAAGUCAUCCACUCGAUCUUCCAGGAAAAAGUCUUUGGUUGAUGAUUCGACUCGACAUUCUAGAAAACAGUCAACCCGAACUUGCCGAGAAAAAUCUGUUGUUAAUCAGUCUCGUUCAUCUGAUGACAACAAUAUGUCCUCCUCUGAUGACAAUAUCACAAUCAUGCCACCGCCAACCCAACCUUCGGUCAAAAACCCUCUUCAACACCAUCAUCCCAAAAACAAAACCUCUCGAUCUACAAUAUCAGGUGUCUCCCCCAUGAAGAAAAAUCGGAACUCAUGGGCUUCUGCUGGUAUUGCAAGUACGAUGCCCCGAUUGGGAAGUUCCAGCCUGUCCACCCAGCUUCGUAUUCUGGGACAGAAUAAUAAUGAUAUUGUUGAUGUUGUCAAAACUGGCUGGAUCCAUGCCAAUCGAUUUAUAUUCAAGACCUUUGAACGAACUGAAUACGAACUGCUGAAGGCAGAGACCGAACCCAUCACAUUAAGGAUCUUUAGGGAUGUGAUCAUUGGUCAGGGAAGUAUGAGACGUGCAUUGAAGGCUGAAGUGAAAUCAAUUUCUGAAGAUGGCGCGGAAAUAAUCUCAAACUAUGUUGCAAAGAUUCGAUAUAAAGAAAAUCUGUCAUCACUCUCAGCCCAUGCAAACGAUGCCAUGAUGUAUGAAGCUAGUGGACUUCUAUUGAGAAAGUUCAAGUCGAUCAUUGCUGAAAGUAACAGAGUCGAACAACAAUUCAAACAAAGAGCCAAGAAAAUGGAGAUUGUACGCCACGCUGUUGUCGCAACCGGAGAUACUCAAUUUCCUUCGGAAGUCUUUUUCUUGGAAGCAGCCCUGGAGGGCACAUAUGUCAAGUAUUCAAGUAACAUUGACUUUGAUGUUGCUGAAGAUCAACCUGGAAUGGAACCGAGAAUCUGUAGAUUAAUGAAUGCAUUCACACACUGGUCCUACGUUGAAUCAAAGGGUAACAGCUUGAUUUGUGACUUACAAGGAGUUGGUCCAAUCCUCACCGAUCCACAAAUCAUUGAUUUGGACCAUACGCGAUGGGCUGAUGGUAAUAAUGCUAAGGAAGGCAUUUCGAUGUUUAUCAAAAACCACAUCUGUAACGAAAUUUGUAUACAACUCAGAUUGGAAUCUCCCGAUACAAUCAAUAAAGAUAAUCCCUCGAACAUUUCAACUUCCAACCAACUACAAAGACUUACUGGAAGAAUUACGACUCCUAAAAGACCACCUGCUCACCAAAUACAAAUACAAUCUUCCCUUCCGAUAAAAUCCAGUCUUUCUCAUAUUAUUAAUUAUGCCGAUGGAGCUCUUCCUUCUGGCUGGUUAUCUGAUCAUCCUGCAACCACCACCGACUAG